AUGAAACUUCACGCCCUCGUCUUCCUCGUAUUUACACUCGGUCAUGUUAAAGCUGGCUGGAUAGACCACGACCAGGUUCAACCUUUUGCGCAGCCUGAACCUGUCACCAUUUCGGAGAAGGCCGCCGUCAAGUUCAAACCUCAGCUUCACAUCACGAACGGAUGCCAUCCGUAUCCCGCUGUCAACGCUGCUGGUGACACAGGUGGCGGCCUCAAGCCCACAGGAGCCCCAAGUGGAUCAUGCAAAGGGUCUGGCUACGGCUCACAAGUCUACGGACGUUCUACGUGGUUCAACGGCGUCUGGGCCAUCAUGUAUUCAUGGUAUUUCCCGAAAGAUUCGCCGUCGUCAUCGCUUGGCCACCGCCACGACUGGGAGAACGUUGUCAUCUGGAUCAACAACCCCGACGUCCCAAACCCAGUUAUACUGGCCAUUUGCCCAUCAGCUCACGGUGGGUAUUCCAGGUAUGCCCCGCCCGACGCUGAUACCAUCGACGGUACGAGCGCCAAGGUGAAUUACGAAAGUCACUGGCCGAUUAACCACGCGACCGAUACAACAUCAGAAGGUGGUGACUUCCAAGACCUCAUAAUGUGGGAUCAACUAACAGAUGCGGCUCGUACUGCCCUGCAAGACACGGACUUUGGAGACGCGAAUGUGCCCAUGAAAGAAGGUAGCUUUCUCUCAAAUCUUGAAAAAGCGUGGCCAUUCUAA